AUGGCCUUCGCAGCUGCUAUGGGAGUCGAUUUCGCCAUCUCGGGCAUCACCAUGGCUGCUGCAUUAGCACCUGUCGAGGAAAAGCCAGUAGCCCGUAUAGGUGUUGGUUCCACAAUGCUUGGUGCAACGGAGGAUGCUCGUACCAAUGGCGUUAUGCCAAAUCUUUACUUAUACGAUGUUCAUGGCAAAAUGUUUGCAAAGCACGAAUCAGGAGAUCUCAUUGAGGACGGAGUGAACAAGCAAAAUGACUUCAUUAUCAUAGAUGGAGCAGAAAAGACGGCCGAGCCAGAGUACCUUACGAUUCAGGCCCGGUCUGACGAUGCUACCUGCGUUACUUGUGCUUCGGGCGCCCAGCGAACCUGGCACGCCGGUUAUGUGAAAACUUGCCAGGAGCAGGGCGGUGGAAGUUUCUAUUAUCCUUCACCCAACACGGUCCCUGACACAGAUUUUCGACCGGGUUGUGUUUGGCUCAGCAACGACGACCGCUUCAUGCAAGCCAUCUCCGUUCACCUCCCGAGCUUUGGCUUCCCUGAGGAAAGUCUGGCUGAGCAAACCGCAGAGCAGUUCAAAGAUUACCCCCAAACGCUCUGUCAGGCUCCAGGCCGAAUGUCUCUCUACAAAACUUUUGACGGCGAGCAACCGCAGUGCAUCCCGUACUACGAUAAGAUCCUGGAAAAGUUCAAGGAAGCUGAUGUGGACGAAGAAAAGGGCAUAAACGAAGGCUUCGAUAAGGACUUCCAGGCUGUGGUAGACGGACAUACACUGCCACCACGAAAGUUCUUCUUCAAACCCUCCCGCAAAGCUAUUUCCCGUGAACGCACCUGCGACUAUUCUAAACACAAGCUGUUUAACCAAGAGAUUCAACCUGGCAAAUCACCCGUGGAAGAUUCGCCCCAAGCUCGCAAAGAAAAAGAAGCAGCAGAGAAGAAGAAACAGGAGGACGCAGCAGCCGCUGACCGAGCAGCAGCGGGAGAACAGGCGCGCAAAGACGUGGAAGACCAAUUGAACGAGCAAGGACAGAAUCCCAAUGGAGCACUACCAGGUACCGGCAGUUUUGGCGGCGUUGCGGGAUUGAUACCAGCUGAUCAGGCGGGCAAACCCGUGGAUCCAGCGGAGGCAGCGAAGAAUUUGGAGGAGUUCAAAGAGGAGCAGGCAGAGAAUCCGCCCAAGCCUGCACCAGCAAGUACGGCUCCGACGAGCCAGCCGACCGGUGAUCCAACUGCUGAGCCUAUCAUUGAUAUUAAGCGCCGGGGCACGCGCUCACUUCAACAGGGGCAGCAGGAUGAGAAGAUCAAGGAGAUGCUGACGAGACGCGAACAGCUUCGCUUCAAGGGAGACUACUGUGUCGAUCAGUUGAGGAUCAGUCACCAUGUGGAGCACAGUGCAAGCGAGUUGUGUGCGAUGGAUCGCUCAUGGGGCCCGGAUUUUGUUUCGGUGGUGGAAGGCUUGUAUUGCGAUAUGUGCGAGAGAGAUUUGUAUCCGCUUUGCGCAAAUGAGCAUCAGACUAACUGCUUCAAUGUCGAUGAGAGAACUUUGAGGAGUUCAGAGAGCUCAAGGCAGAGCGUUAAGAAAUAUAUUAGUGUAGAGGUAUGGCGCGUAUGA